AGGAGAUAUUGAGUUGUACCACUAGGGGGCGCGAUUGCAAAGAAAGCGUCUGUUCAUUCAUUUUUAUUGCCCAAUAAUGGUUAAAAGAGCGCAUUUUGUCAGCGCCUGUGCUGUCUCCUAGAUGAGUAUUUUUUUCUGACCUCGAUAAAUAUUACAGAGAUUUCUUCUAUAGCUGGCUUUUUACAGCUGAAACAGCAGGUGAGAGGUGCUUUGGACAGAGUGCAUGGAAUCUGAACACAAAAAAAGAAGAACAUGGGGGAUUGAUUGGACGGACAAUUGCAUUAAACAGCAAAAAAGGCGUACAAGAAAUUAAAUGUGAUGCCACUAAUGGAAAUAUGGCUAUUUAACCAAGACUAAUGGAAGAAUGCUUAACACAGUAAACACAGGCACAUAAACAAACCUAUGCUUUAAUUCUCUUCCACACUAUUCACACCUUUUUCUCCCUACCUGCUAUAUUUUAUUUCACAUUCCCAUUCACAUUUCAUUUUUGCAUCAUACUAAAAAUUCAUUCUAUUCCCCAAUACACACCCACUAACACAUACACACUCACACAAGCUCCAAGAAAACAUGGCGGAAAACAUGAGCUCCAAGAUGGACAGUAGCUCCGUAUCCAACAUCUCUCUGCUGGGCCAGGGAGACUCUGUGUCCAAAUCAGUGGAGUAUAAGACCGUGUCUGUGUUUCUGGUGGUUCUGGUAUGUGGUGUGGGAAUUGUCGGCAACAUCAUGGUGGUCCUGGUGGUCCUUACCACCCGACACAUGCGAACACCCACCAACUGCUAUCUGGUGAGCCUCGCUGUGGCUGACCUCACGGUGCUGGUGGCGGCUGGGCUGCCCAACAUCUCCGAGAGCCUGAUGGCCACCUGGGUGUAUGGGCAAGCCGGCUGUCUGGGCAUUACCUAUCUCCAGUACCUGGGCAUCAAUGUAUCCUCCUGCUCCAUCACAGCCUUCACAGUGGAAAGAUACAUAGCCAUCUGUCACCCAAUGAGGGCUCAUACGGUGUGUACAGUCUCCAGGGCCAAGCGCAUCAUUGCAGGGGUGUGGGCCUUCACCUGCAUCUACUGCAUGCUUUGGCUCUUCUUGGUGGACAUCCAAGUGAACAGCGAUGGACGCGUCCAGUGUGGCUAUCGCGUCUCCCGAGACCUCUACCUGCCCAUCUACCUCAUCGAUUUCACCAUUUUUUAUGUCAUCCCACUGCUGCUAGCUAUUGUCCUGUAUGGCCUCAUUGCACGAAUCCUCUACCUGAACCCACUGUCCCACCCACCGGAUUCAGGCACCAUCACAGCCCCCACCCUCAGGAGAAGCUGCAAAGAACCUGCAGAUGCAAGCAAAGGAGGUCGCCAAGGACGACCAAAAAGUACACUCUCAUCUCGGAAGCAGGUCACCAAGAUGCUUGCUGUGGUGGUGGUCCUUUUUGCCCUGCUGUGGAUGCCAUACAGAACCCUGGUGCUAAUCAACUCCUUUGUCAGCACGCCAUACCUGGACGCCUGGUUCUUGCUCUUCUGCAGGACAUGCAUAUACGCCAACAGCGCUAUCAAUCCUGUAGUGUACAACCUAAUGUCUCAGAAGUUCCGCUCUGCAUUCCGUGGCCUGUACCGGUGCCAGCAGCCAGCCAGUCACCAGCGCAGUUUGUCUUCACUCCAGACCGGCUACACUGUAGCUAGAGACCCUCGAAGCACUCACGUCAGCAAUGGCACCAAGGAAACUGUCAAGAGAAUCAGCUGCGGCACUGCCAACCAGGAACCAAGCAUGGAAAGCCCCCUGGGUGAAAAGAAAGACACUACAGAAGAUACUGGCAUUGACAAUAAUGGCAUGGAUACGCUACAAGAAAAGACAGGUGAAACUGACACAGUCAAGGAUCCAGGCAGUAUUACAAACCUUGCCAUAGUAACUGAAAGAAAAGGAAUUAAAAAAGAAGAUAAUGGUCCUGGCUUGGAGAAAAAGAUUGAUAGCCAAUGCACUGAUAUUAGAAAAGAUAUGGAAAAUUGUAAUAAUGUUAACAAUGACACAACUCCAGACAUUACCCAUUCUAAUGCAGAGAAAGCUGUGCCAACCUCUGAUGAGAUGAAGCCUGCACUUGGCCUUGUUGAGCAAAAUGCUAAGGAAUUGAGCCACAGCACAUUGUAAUCCCCCCUAAUGUUUCAUUCUUAAAGAUCUUCAAGGGAAAUCAUGUAGGGGUUGGAGUUGUAUAGUUUAUUGCCCUGAUUUGAAAAAAAAAAAAAAAGCUUGUGGUUAAAAGGAGAGCAAAAAAAACAAACUCAAGAUUAAUGUCAAUUUCAGACAGGAUCCAAAAGAGCUGUAUGUCUUGGCACCUGCUAAUGAGACAGUCUGCUAUGGAUUGCAAAGACUUGGACACUCUCUCUGCAUCAGUCUUAUUGGGCAGGGUACUCUCCAGCAACACCUUCCUCUCUGCAUUGGCACCGAAGGUUCUGAAGUUUUGAUGUGUUCUCUUCAUCCAUGUUACAUUAAAACAACUUGCCAGCUCUUCCUGUAAUGAAUGUAAUGAAUCCGGCUAAGUGAGUACAUAACCUACUUCUGAAAGAUCAGAGAGGGUCGUACAGCAACUGCUACAAGGCGCUUUUAUCUGAUAACAUGGCCCAGAGCAUCGGGGCAGCACUAACAUACGUCUGUGUUAUCCAUUCAGCCAACAGGAGGCAUUUAGAGGCUGGCAAUGUGCCAGAGAAGGACCAGAGAGCCUGGCCAGGGGAACUGACUUGUAAUGCAUCAAAAUAUGUUCCACAUAAAAGCCUGUGCUUUAGGAAGAGUGAUGGUUUACAACUGUUUCAUCUGCCAUCAUGCCCAGAGGGUGGGGUGAGUUGGGUGGCUUUUGAGGAAUGGAUGCAGAUUAGACCAAAAAGAGGGAGAAUCAGAUAUCAAUUUACAGACUCAUCUACUUAUCCAUUUAUUUAUAUCAAGUACAUAGAACACUUUAGGACAACUGAUGCUUUCUGGUGAAACAAAUGAAGAAGUAUAUCCUUUUUUGUGUCCGUUAACAAAAUGAAUGUUAUCCUGAUGCGUGCUGAUAUUGAAAAGAUUUGCAAGCACUUUUUUGUGUACCCAGUGCCAAAAUAUUUAUUUAAAUGUUUCACAUUUAUGUAGAAAACAGUCAUAAAUAUGAUUUUCAGUCAUAAAUGGCAAUUUUAUGACGCUAUAAUGACUUAAAAACCAUCAUGCUUAAUGUGCGUUUUAAGUAGUUCUUUUACAAAAGCAAUCUGUUCCCUGUUGUAAUUGCUUUAUUGUACAGCCUGUAGUUUAUGCUUCUCUUGUGCUGUUCCUUAAAAGGAAAGAUUAUGAUAAGAUCUUGAAAUUGUUUGUGGCUGGUUUUGUGGCUUAUUAAACUAAUUUUAGCUGUGCCACACUUAGAGCUCUGCCUGGAAGUCGGAAUUUUCAUUUAUCUCAUCAGGCAUCUUGUUAGAAGAGCCACCACCAUUCUGCUCGUCACCGCUUUAGUGCUUGAGCUAUUAUUUCUGUACUGUCACAUUUCAUUUGAUAAGCAGUGAAUGAAGCCAGUACCAGUGUAAAGAGGCUCAUUUCAGAGUGCUAAAGUGGAAAGUGUGUUAUGCUGAUGUCUUCGCCACACACUGUUUUUUCUGAUUUUAAUUGCAUUGGCGACAGGGAUGGAAAAACAAAUUGUUUUCUUUUAAGGCUGGAGAAAAUGCAUGGCUUUGCUGAGGAACCGUAUUAGCUAAAGUGAAUUUGUUGUCACCACAGAAAACCCAUGAGGGAAGAUAUAACACCUUUGGUGUGCUGCUUGUAAUAGCUUUUUUUAAUCCACUUGAUAUUUGCUAAGUUCUUAAUGUUAACCUACUGUAAUCAGAGCUUGAUGUAUGUGUGAGUUCUGUGAGCAGCUCAGCCUGCGUUUAUUUUUACAUU